AUGGUGUUCAAGCCCCAAAAGGCCGAUCCCACUCUUCCACAACGUCUAACUUCAUGGCGAAUUCUCGGCAUAUUCUUCUUCUGUGCCUUCAUGGUGUUCUCUUCAUCCCAUGCUACUGAGGAAGCAAAUGCUCUUUUGAAGUGGAAAGCUAGCCUUGCAAACCAAAGCCAAGCUAUCUUGUCCUCUUGGAAUGGCACUGAUCCUUGCAAACACUGGACAGGAAUUAUAUGUGAUGGUGAGUCCAUGUCUGUCUCCACCAUAAAUGUUACAAGCUUUGAGAUACAAGGUACACUUGACAGUCUCAACUUCUCUUCUUUCCAUAAACUCAAGGUUUUAGAUAUUAGUUACAAUGAAUUUUUUGGAACUAUUCCAAGCCAAAUUGGUAACUUGUCCAGCAUUUUCAAAUUACAUAUGCAUCAUAAUUUCUUGAGUGGUUCCAUCCCACCAGAAAUAGGAGUGUUGACUAUUUUGAAUGAGGUUUGUAUUGAUGUGAAUAAUCUCACCGGUAGAAUCCCCAAAGAAAUUGGGAACUUGAGGAAUUUGGAAAAACUAUCCCUUUACAUGAAUAAUCUGUUUGGUUCUAUUCCUCAAGAAAUUGGAAUGCUGAGUAAUCUCAUAGAGGUUGACUUGUCAAAGAACACAUUAUUAAAGGGAAGCAUCCCUUCUUCAAUAGGAAAUUUGACCAAACUAAAAUAUCUUAACCUCUCUCAAAAUAGUUUCUCAGGCAUCAUUCCUAGCGAACUUGGGAAUCUCUGUUCUCUCAUCAAUUUAGAUUUGUUUGAGAAUAACUUGCAUGGGCCUAUACCACCCUUCAUUGGAAACUUCACAAAUCUCACCAUAUUAAAUUUGUGGACCAACAGACUUUGGGGAUCAAUUCCAACCUCUAUAGGAGAGAUGGCCAGCAUAGAAGAAAUCAACCUUGCAAAUAACUUUCUUUAUGGACCUAUUCCGACUACCAUAGGAAAUCUAACAAAGCUCAAGGUCCUAAAUUUGAACAUAAACAAACUUAAUGGGAGCAUUGCAUUAGAGAUGAACAACCUUACCAAGUUGAAUGAUUUACAACUUAGUGCAAAUGACUUUACCGGCAAUUUGCCACAACAAAUUUGCCUUGGUGGGUCACUUGAGUAUUUCACCACAGUUGCAAACAUAUUCACAGGUCCUGUUCCAACAACCUUGAAAAAUUGCUCUAGCCUUAUCAGACUUAGACUUGAUAAUAACCAACUUGUUGGAAAUCUAACAAGUGAUUUUGGCGUGUAUCCAAAUUUGAAAUACAUCGAUUUGAGUGGCAAUAAAUUUUAUGGCCACAUUUCAUCUUUGUGGGGGAAAUGUCAUAAUCUUACAGCACUUAAGAUUUCCAACAACAAUCUUUCUGGUAGUAUACCUGCAGAAAUUGGAGAGGCAACCAAUCUUGGGGAACUCAAUGUCUCUUCAAAUCACUUAACAGGAGAAAUUACAAAAGAAUUGGGGAAGAUGAUCUCACUGACUAGACUUUCUCUGAGCAAUAAUCAAUUUUCUGGCAAGAUUCCUCAAGAAAUAGGAUCAUUGAAUGAGCUUGAAGAAUUGGAGUUGGCGGAAAAUUGUUUCAUUGGAUCAAUCCCUAAAGAGCUCGGAGGACUAAAUAAGUUAUGGCUAUUGAGCUUGAGCAAAAAUAAGUUAGAGGGAAGUAUUCCCCUUGAAUUUGGUCUCUUAAAAGCUUUGCAAGAACUUGACCUUAGCGUAAAUAUGUUAAGGGGAACAAUACCAACAACCCUUGGAAGAUUAAUGAUGUUGGAAUAUUUGAACCUGUCACAUAAUAAUCUCUCUGGCAUAAUUCCAUCCAAUUUUGAUGACAUGACAAGCUUGACAUCUGUGGACAUAUCAUACAACCAUUUAGAGGGACCUCUUCCAAACAUUCUUGCCUUUCGAAAUAUUACAUUUCAAGAAGUGAGGAAUAAUAGAGGUUUAUGUGGCAAUGUCACUACUUUAGAGGCUUGCAAUAGACAAAGCAUUAACAUACCACAUGGUCGUAUGGACAAAAAUGUGAAGCUAUCAAUGUUAGUAUUUCUUUGUUUUGUGCCUCUAAUUUUAGUAGUGGGUUCUUGUGUUUUGAUUCAAAAGUCAAAGAAGAAUGAAAGUCAAGAACAGGAAGAACUAGGUCUAAACAUUUUCUCCAUGUCCUGCUUUGAUGGGGAAAUCUUAUAUGAAAAAGUUAUUAAAGCUACAGAGGAUUUUAACGACAAGUAUCUCGUUGGGAUGGGAACACAAGGAAGUGUUUAUAGGGCUGAGCUGGUUGAAGGUCAAUUUUUUGCUGUGAAGAAGCUGCAUCCUAGCUGUAAUACAAAUCCUUCCCAUUUUAAAGCACUCUCAAAUGAAGUUGAAGCAUUGACAGAAAUCAAACAUCGUAACAUAGUGAAAUUACUUGGAUUUUUUUUGAAUCCAUGCCUCUCAUUCCUAGUUUAUGAGUUUGUAGAAGGUGGUAGCUUGGAUAAGAUUUUAAAAAAUGACAAGCAAGCAAUAACAUUUGGCUGGAAUAAGAGAGUGAAUGUUGUUAAAGGCGUGGUUGAUGCAUUAUUCCACAUACAUCACAACAUCUCAUGUCCCAUAAUUCAUCGUGACAUAUCAAGCAAAAAUGUUUUGUUAGAUUCAGAAUAUCAAGAAGCUCACAUCAUUGACUUUGGAAUAGCUAAGUUUCUAAAUGUUGACUCAAACAAUAUGACCUCAUUUGCUGGAACCUUAGGCUAUGCUGCUCCAGGUGAGGUCCUUUACUUUACAGCCAAACAACUUUAAUUCAUUAUUAUAUUUUAGGCAUUGUAAUAUAGUUUAUGUCCUUAUAUUUUAACAUGCAUGGUGCAGAGAUUGCUUUCACUAUGCAAGUAAAUGAGAAAUGUGAUGUUUAUAGUUUUGGAGUUCUCACAUUGGAAAUCCUUAUGGGAAAACAUCCAGGGGAGCUUAUUGAAUCUCUAAGAGAGAUUCCAACAUCCUAUGAUUUGCCAUUUAAGAAUGUGUUGGAUCAGCGGCUUCCUCCACCCUCAGACUUGGUUCUUGAGGAAGUAAUAUUGAUUGCAAAAAUAAUACUUGUUUGCUUGAAUGACAAUCCACAUCAUCGUCCAACCAUGGAACAAGUCUGUUUGCAACUUGAGAGGCCUGAAUCUUAUUUUGUGAACCAAUUUGACAACAUCACCAUUGGACAACUCAUGAAAGUUUAAACUUUUGUAAUAAUUAUGUUGGUUGUCUUCUGCAUUUACCAUUGUAUCUAUUUUCCUAUAUAAUGUG